CUAUUUCCCUAGGAAAUUCCUAAGCUUGCAAUACCUAAUACAACAACCUCCCAUAACUCAUACCUCAGCGCAACAAAAUUAGUCAAGAUGGGAAGCUUCAGUUUGCGAACUGUACUGUCGAUCGUGGCAGUCGCCACGGCAGGACUCGCGUUCCCUGCUACUCAAGCCCCUGCUCCUACUCCCGCAGCGGCUCCCUGCACAACGGGCGCUCCCGUCGUGACGGCCGGAUACACCAUCAACUACGCCCCAGCCGUGCCGACGUCGGCAUUCCAGAAUGGAUACCAGCCCGAGGAAGCGUGGUCCAAGAGCCAUGUUAUCGGCACUUACACCUUCGGUGUUCCCGAGCCGGUUGAGUCCGGCUUCGCUUAUGCUCAGUUCAAGUGCCAGUACUUCUGUAAUAAUGCCGGGGUUGCCGGCUCCGGUAGUUUCUUCGUCAAUUACGCUGGCGAGGGGAGCAAUAUCGGCUCGUAUUGUACUUGUUUCGACGAGUUACUGCAACCCGAAGGAUUCGUCGCUAACGAGGAGACUCUGGUUGGUGGUUGGAACCAUAUCUGCGCCUAGUAGGGCGGUUUCUAGGGACAGAAGAGGUGUUGUUACCUUAGGGGCCGAAGGGACCUAAUGCAGGUAGGGUAGAUGUGGGUUAGCUGGCGACGGU